AUGUCUGCUCCUAAGAUUACAUGUUAUGUCGACAUUGUCAGUCCCUUCGCAUAUAUUGGGUUUUAUGUGCUGCAGAACUCACCCACCUUUGCAGGUUGUGAAAUCACAUAUGUUCCGAUUCUACUUGGAGGUUUGAUGAUUACAUGUGGCAAUAAACCUCCACUUCAAAUCAAAAAAACUUAUGAAUAUCGUUCCCAUUCAGAUAAGAAACCCUACAUAGUCCAACAGCGACUGCGAUGGGCGAAAUACUUCUCAGUCCCGAUUAUCGAGAAGUUCCCUAAAGACUUCCCCUUCGGCACGUUGUCCGUACAACGUGCGCUGUGCGUGAUCUCUCAGAAAGCACCAGGAAAGCUAGCUCCAGUGAUUGGGGCCCUAUUUCAUGCGGCUUGGGUUGAAGGUAACACAGCAAUCGGUGAACCUGAUCACUUCGGCCCUGUGAUCGAGUCCAUAUUUGGGAAGCAAGAGACGCUUGAAAUAAUGUCUGCUAUGAACAACCCCGACACCAAAGCCCUUCUGGCUGCGGGUACUGCUCGGUCUUUUAACUCGGGAGCUUUUGGGCUGCCGUGGUUCGAGUGCACGAACUCCAAAGGCGAGACCGAGGGCUUCUGGGGUGUCGACCAUUUAGGACAAGUGGCUGAUUUCCUGGGUUUGGAUCGCGCCCUCGAGAAAGGAUUUAGAGCAACUCUCUAG